AUGGCGACGGGGGGUAUGAGUCUCUCCAAAGAAUUCUUCGAACUCCUCAAGGCCAUCGGCGAGUCCAAAUCCAAGCAGGAAGAAGACCGGAUCGUUCAGAAAGAAGUGACGCGCUUGAAGAGCAAACUCGAAAACACACCGGGGAAUCCUUACCACUCCAAUACGUUGCUCACCAGCAAGAAGCGCGCCAAGGAGUUCCUGGUGCGACUUUUGUACGUGGAAAUGCUCGGUCACGACGGAUCCUUUGGAUACAUCAAGGCCGUCGAAAUGGCCGCCUCGGCCUCGCUUUUUCACAAGCGUACCGGCUAUUUGGUCUGUGGCGCCUGUCUCCCGCCCUCGCACGAAUUCCGUUUCAUGCUCGUCAACCAAAUGCAACGCGAUCUACAGUCCACCAACGUACUUGAAUGCAGCGGUGGUCUCCUCGCCUGUACCAACCUUAUUACGGCUGAUAUGGUCCCCGCCGUCGCCAACGAAGUUAGUAAACUGCUGCAGCACGAUUCAGCGACCAUUCGCAAAAAGGCGAUUCUCUGUCUGCAUCGAUGUCACCAACUCGCGGAUGACGUUGUUACCAGCGAAUCUCUGCACGAAUCGCUACGGAAACUUGUUUGUGAUAAGGACCCUUCCGUGAUGGGGAGUUCGCUGAAUGUCAUUGAGGCCUUGUCUCUCACGAAUACCGCGCCUUUCAAAGACCUGGUCCCCUCCCUCGUUUCCAUUCUCAAACAGAUUUGUGAACACCGGUUGCCUUCCGAGUUUGACUACCACCGUGUCCCGGCGCCGUGGAUGCAACUUAAACUCGUACGCAUUCUGGGUCUCCUCGGCAAGGCCGACAUGCCCGCGAGCAAGGGGAUGUACGAAAUUCUACACGAAACGCUGCGCAAGGCCGAUACCGGGAUCAAUGCGGGAUACGCGAUUGUUUACGAAUGCGUUAUUACCAUUAUUGCCAUUUAUCCCAACGCCAACCUGUUGGACGCCGCAGCCGAAGCCAUUGCUCGCUUCAUGCAGUCUCGAUCGCACAAUCUCAAGUACCUAGGAGUUACCGGAUUAGCCAUGAUUGUGGAACAGCAUCCACAGUACGCGGCGCAGCAUCAGUUGGCCGUGAUGGAUUGCUUGGAAGAUGACGACGAAACGCUACAGCGAAAGACGCUCGAUCUAUUGUACCGCAUGACGAACGUAGUUAAUGUGGAAUUUAUCGCCGAAAAGCUGGUGGAAUUCUUACGCCACACGACCGAUUUAUUCCUCAAACAGACCUUGACGACCCGUGUUUGUUCCAUUGCCGAGCGCUACGCCCCCAACAACGCCUGGUAUAUUCGUACCAUUACCUCUCUGUUGGAAGUAUCUGGAGACAUGGUU